AUGCUACGCGUCCUCCGCAAAGUCCAGAAGCUCACGCUCCAGAACCUAGGAGGGCGAGCCAAGCGAGGGGAGGAACUCCGCAGGGGGCGUGGUCGGGAGGCGGGGCCUGGAUUUCCCGGUUCCGCAGAGGCAGGCUGCGUGCUUGCGCAGCACGUACGAGCGGGGGUGGGGCAGGCAGCCGGGCGGGCGGCGGAGGCACGGGGCCUGGUCCCGCCGGCACCAUGGCCAAGACCGUGGCCUAUUUCUACGACCCUGACGUGGGCAACUUCCACUACGGUGAGGGAACAAGGUGGGGCAGGGCACCCUAUGAAGCCCCAUCGCUUGGCAUUGACCCAUAGUCUGGUCCUGCACUACGGUCUCUAUAAGAAGAUGAUCGUCUUCAAGCCGUACCAGGCCUCCCAACAUGACAUGUGCCGCUUUCACUCUGAGGACUACAUCGACUUCUUGCAGAGAGUCAGCCCCACCAAUAUGCAAGGCUUCACCAAGAGCCUUAAUGCCUUCAACGUGGGCGAUGACUGCCCAGUGUUUCCCGGGCUCUUUGAGUUCUGUUCCCGUUACACAGGCGCGUCUCUGCAAGGAGCAACCCAGCUGAACAACAAGAUCUGUGAUAUUGCCAUUAACUGGGCUGGUGGUCUGCACCAUGCCAAGAAAUUUGAGGCCUCUGGCUUCUGCUAUGUCAAUGACAUUGUGAUUGGCAUCCUGGAGCUGCUCAAGUACCACCCUCGGGUGCUCUACAUUGAUAUUGACAUCCACCACGGUGAUGGAGUUCAGGAAGCCUUCUACCUCACUGACCGGGUCAUGACAGUCUCCUUCCACAAAUAUGGAAACUACUUCUUUCCUGGCACAGGUGACAUGUAUGAAGUUGGAGCAGAGAGUGGCCGCUACUACUGUCUAAAUGUGCCCUUGCGGGAUGGCAUUGAUGACCAGAGUUACAAGCACCUUUUCCAGCCGGUUAUCAACCAGGUAGUGGACUUCUACCAACCCACGUGCAUUGUGCUCCAGUGUGGAGCUGACUCUCUGGGCUGUGAUCGUCUAGGCUGCUUCAACCUCAGCAUUCGAGGGCAUGGGGAAUGCGUCGAAUAUGUCAAGAGCUUCAAUAUCCCUCUUCUGGUGCUAGGUGGUGGUGGCUAUACUGUCCGAAAUGUUGCCCGCUGCUGGACAUAUGAAACAUCGCUGCUGGUAGAAGAGGCCAUUAGUGAGGAGCUUCCCUAUAGUGAAUACUUCGAGUACUUUGCCCCGGACUUCACACUCCAUCCAGAUGUCAGCACCCGCAUCGAGAAUCAGAACUCACGCCAGUACCUGGACCAGAUCCGCCAGACAAUCUUUGAAAACUUGAAGAUGCUGAACCAUGCACCUAGCGUCCAGAUUCAUGAUGUGCCUGCAGACCUUCUGACCUAUGACAGGACUGACGAGGCUGAUGCAGAGGAGAGGGGUCCUGAAGAGAACUAUAGCAGGCCAGAGGCACCCAAUGAGUUCUAUGAUGGAGACCAUGACAAUGACAAGGAAAGCGACGUGGAGAUUUAA